CAGCCCCGCCCCCUGAUGGUUGGGUUUUUUUUUCUGCGAACUUUAUGGACAACAUCAAAAGUCAACAUUUGCAUAGGUGGGGAGUUUUAUGGUACUGUAUACCCUAACCCUAACCCUAGUAGUGUGUACGGGAGAGAAUUUUCUAAUUGAAUAAGGAAUGUUUUUAGGGCUGCCUCUGCUCCUUCACGGCCAAAUCCGUCAUUAUUACCUCAGAAUUGCCUCAGGAGUUGGACCACUGAUUCUCCAUUAUUACCUCAGAAUUGCUUUAGGUGUUGGACCACUGAUUCUCCAUUAUUACCUCAGAAUUGCUUUAGGAGUUGGACCACUGAUUCUCCAUUAUUACCUCAGAAUUGCUUUAGGAGUUGGACCACUGAUUCUCCAUUAUUACCUCAGAACUGCCUCAGGAGUGGGACCACUGAUUGUCCAUUAUUACCUCAGAAUUGCUUUAGGAGUUGGACCACUGAUUCUCCAUUAUUACCUCAGAAUUGCUUUAGGAGUUGGAUCACUGAUUCUCCAUUAUUACCUCAGAAUUGCUUUAGGAGUUGGACCACUGAUUCUCCAUUAUUACCUCAGAAUUGCUUUAGGAGUUGGACCACUGAUUCUCCAUUAUCACCUCAGAACUGCCUCAGGAGUGGGACCACUGAUUCUCCAUUAUUACCUCAGAAUUGCUUUAGGAGUUGGACCACUGAUUCUCCAUUAUUACCUCAGAACUGCCUCAGGAGUGGGACCACUGAUUGUCCAUUAUCUAAGAAUUGCCUCAGGAGUGGGACCACUGAUUCUCCAUUAUUACCUCAGAAUUGCUUUAGGAGUUGUCCCACUGAUUCUCCAUUAUUACCUCAGAACUGCCUCAGGAGUGGGACCACUGAUUCUCUAUUAUCUAAGAAUUGCCUCAGGAGUGGGACCACUGAUUCUCCAUUAUUACCUCAGAAUUGCCUCAGGAGUGGGACCACUGAUUCUCUAUUAUCUAAGAAUUGCCUCAGGAGUGGGACCACUGAUUCUCCAUUAUUACCUCAGAAUUGCGCAGAGUUACUUGAGAACUGGAUUUCUUUAUGGCAUAAACCUCUUAAUUAAUGAGCACAAAAUUUACAGUGAACAACUAGGAAAUCACGUGCCCCAUGAUGGAAAAUAUGAGAGUGUUAUAUGCCCAUUUCCCGACCGUGAAGCACCCAGUCCCCACUCCAAAACAUCACGUAGCGCAUACCUCCCAACCGUCCCGUUUUAGGCGGGACAGUCCCGCUUUUAUGCGCCUGUCCCGCUGUCCCGGAAUGUAGCCUUAAUGUCCCGCUACACUGGGGCUCUGUCGCUCUUCCUGGUGCGUUUUUUGCCGAAGUCUCGCGAGAAGAGACUUUGCCGUGAUGUCACAAGCUGUGCGGCGUGCGCGUCUCCAUCUAGUCCCACCCUGUAAGGAGGGGGCAGGAUUCAGAGACUUGUGCGCGCUGGGACUGGGAGCUGAGGCGGGGGGAAAGGCGAAAGCCGCUAUACAAAGGAGCCUGGCUUUCCCGGAGCUUUCAUUUUGGAUCCUUUGGCUGCCAGACUGCUAUAGCCGCAGCACACACUGUCACUCGCGACGCUCGCUUGUUUUGGUUCUACUGCGGCGUUGCACCUGCGGCCAAACCGAUGGAGGAGGAGUCUGGCGGUGUCCGAGCUCUGCUGCUACAAAGUGUCGUGUCGGGACUUGAGAGCUCAGCUGCAUAAAUGCCCGCAGAACUACAGGUGCUGCCGUGAGGUUAUGUCCCAACCAGUCUGUGUUGUUUCUUUGCUGGGAGAUCUGGACAGCUAAGUGGCAGCGCCACCCGCUGGUCAGUUUCCAGGACGAAGUGGUCAGGAGAAAGAAGGAGGCUGCGCUGAUGAUCUUCUGCUUAGGAAAGACGUGAGAAAAGUUAUCUGAGAUCACACAGAUUCAGCCAUGGAAACAUCAAGAGCAAGGAUUCUCCAACAAUGGAUUAGUACUUGAUUGAAGCAAGAAAGCCUUGCUCGGUGGAACUGGAGUGUGCACAGCCAAUUCUACAGAUAUUCCAGUGAAGGUGAUGCCUCCCUCCUUGCUACUUUCACUGAACCUGAGCAGGAACGUUCCUGGGGGUUUGGGACUCAGAAGAGCUCGCUCACGCUCUUUGCUGAUGAAGCCCAUAAUA